CUGGAGUUCAAUUUGUCAAGCUUAUCCUCAAUUUGAAAUGCUUUUUGAAAAUGUUUUUGCAUUAAAGUAAAUAAAAAAAUAAUGCUUUGGAUAAAAACUAAGAACGACAAAUAUUUCGCGGCUGCUCCGCGUUAAAAGGCGAAGUCAAAAUGUUGCGUAGUGUAAUUUUAGUGUUCGUAACAAUCGUAAAUGUAGCGGUUAGUUUUUCCGACGUCGGAAAUUGGGUUUUACCUCUGAACGGGCAAAGUUGCAACUUUACAUUAGCCAAGUCAUUAUUUAAAGAAUCGCAAUUAAUUAUUGCAUUGGGUUGUGAUGUCACAGUGCCAACAAAUAUCACAAUCACAUACUCAUGGGGGCCAACCCAGUGUUCGCCUGACUACUUCCAUUAUUUUGAAAAGCGAAUAGUGGACUGCUCAAAUUCACUAGAAAGUGCGACUUACGAUAGUAACGAGAGCGCUGUACUUAAUGUGGAUACCUAUCUGUGUACUGGCAAGGAUGUUAUGUAUAUGCAUAUCAACAAGAAUAAAUCUCCUAAAGACAAAAAGGAUGCACCUGAUGUACAGCCAAGAGCACCACUUCGCACGGUAGAAAAGGAAGGAAUAUAUGGGUUGUGGAUGUCAACACACAGCGACAAAAAGUUCCAGGCAUCCCUGCAUGUUGAAAUGCUGGCACCCUCGGGAUAUCUGUCUGCAGCUAUAUGGCCUCUUUUACCGUUCUUCGGUGUGAUGUGCGGCGUGUACACCGUCCUGUGCGCUGCGUGGCUCACAGUGUGUGCACUGCAGUGGCGAGACCUGCUGCGCAUUCAGUACUGGAUCGGCGGGGUCGCUCUGCUCGGGAUGAUUGAGAGCGCCACGUACUACGGCGUUUACUCCUCUAUUAACAGAACUGGAUUCUUCAAUUCUGAAGUGUACAUGUUCGCCGAAUGGGUGUCCGUUGCCAAGAGGGCACUCUCCAGGAUGUUAGUCAUUAUUGUCUCGCUCGGAUUUGGGAUUGUCAAGCCUCGACUAGGUCCGGCCUUACAAAGGGUCGUGGGUACAGGCCUCUUGUGGGGCCUUCUAGCGGCCAUCGAGUCCUGGCUGAGGCUCCACCACAAAGCCGAGGACUCGAACAGAGAUUUGCUACUAUCAGAGGCCCCAUUGUCGCUGCUGGACAGCGCCAUCUGUUGGUGGGUGUUCGUCUCCCUCGCACAUACAAUGAGAACGCUGCAACUGAGAAGGAACUCGAUAAAGCUGUCUCUGUACCGCCACUUCACGAACACUCUGAUAUUUGCUGUGAUCGCUUCGGUGAUCUUCAUGCUGUACUCGCUAAAGUCUUACCGAAUAAUGUAUUGCAUCACUGAAUGGAAGGAUGUUUGGGUGGACGAGGCGUACUGGCACAUCCUGUUUGCGGGCGUGCUCGGCGUCAUCAUGGUGCUGUGGCGACCCACGAACAACAACCAGCGAUACGCCUUCACCCCGCUGCUUGACAACGCGGAGGACGAUGACGAAGAAGAGGAACAAUUUGUGAACGAUGCGUACGGAGUGAAAAUGAGGUCCACCAAUAUCGAGAGCCCAGACUCUCAGAGGGAUCAGGAACCGAACACCAACUCCCUGGACUCGGACCUUCGCUGGGUUGAAGAGAACAUACCAACGAGCUCACUACCACUCUUGGAUUCAGACGAGGAAAUAAUCAACACAAAGUUCGAAGUGUCCAAAAUGCAGUAAACCAAUUAGCUGGUAAAUAGUAUUUGUGUAUAAAAAUGUCACUGUGAUUUUGUGUUUUUUUUUUUAUUUAAUAAAGAGAAUGUUUCGUACGCUUACAAUA